ACAGAAUCGCCUACAUAUGAUCUCUUGCUUUCCUGGCUCAAGAUUGCCGUUACGCUGAUGCCCAGAGGGCUAUUGUUGUUCCCUGAAAUAUGAAACUUACGUAAGCAUUGGCCCGGUCUCCCUCCUCUUGCUGUUGAGCCAAAGCAUCAGCUUCGUUCCGAUCUCAACGGUUACUACCUCCGUUCCGGAUAAGGAGUCGCUUCUAUAUAAUCUCCUGCUCCGCAUGGUCUGCUUCUUUGUCUUUUUCCUGGAAUGCUCCGUCCUCUAAAAAGCCCGACGGCGUAUCUUUGCCAGUAUACACCGUUUAUGCCAUAAUCUUGGCCCUGAUUGGUCAAAAUUUAACCUCACCCUCACCCUGGCUCUGAAAGAUGACAGAAUUAGAAUAUGAUUCGUCCUGAUCAUUCCUGGUCAUUCUCAUCUUUGCACCAUCCCACAUCCUCAUCCUCGUAAUUUCACCAACCAUGAACCCUCUAGAGCUGCCAGAACUACGAGCUCAUAUUAGUCGAUACAUCUCCCCUUCGACAGCAUCGAUCUGUGCGCGUGUGAGCAAGGACUGGUCCAAGGACUUUGCGCCUCAAGUAUGGCACACCCUCGAUUUCCAAAUGUUUGACAACAAAGAUGCUCCAGACGUCAAGGUCUUCAACAAAUACGGCCACCACAUCCGAGUCGUCAAACACCUUCAAACAGCCUUUAAAAUGUCGCUCCUACAGUCCUCUAGUGUCUCUAAUCUCGAGAGCCUAGAUCUGAUCAUGGACUCCUCAGAGGACUGUGCAAGGUACGCCAGUUUUGUGCUUGCCCACAACCACGCCUGCUUAAAGUCGGUCGGGAUCAUCGGAAGCUUCCAGGCAGGCGAGCGGAUGAUUGCUUACUCAUUCUCACACAUCGUCGGACUUGGUCUCGGAGUGCCCAUAUUCUCACGGUUAACGCAUAUGCAGCUCCACGGCCUAGGCAUGGUGCGGGAGACCUUCUCAUGCAUGCUUGCGGACUGUCCGGUCCUGGAGCACUUGGAGAUCCACGACACGAUCAUGAUCGAUGGCGUCAUUUCACACAUCCAUCAAACCCCCUCCGUCAAGACUCUUUGUGCAGACCUGCGUCAAGUCUUUUACAUGGACCCGGAUGAUGUCACCCAGGUCCCGCUCCUGGCACAUUUUCCGAACCUCAAAAAGUACGACACAGGAUCCUUUGAGCACCUGGAACCGUUUACGACCUAUGAAAUGAUGCAGUACUACGUCGACAAGUUUUCUCCGCAGGUCAUGUCCCUCCGAGCUCUGUCGACGGCCUCUCAUGGGUUGCUGAUGGAGGUCUUCAAGGACCUAACAGAAAUUUGUGUAUCCUAUGAGAACGUCUACUUCCCCGACAUUUUCCACCACUAUGAGACCUUACAGGUCGUCAGGAUGUACAAGAAGUCGGAGGAUUGCUAUGAGAGAGAUAGCUAUUUUGAUCUUGAAGAUAUACGUGCGGAAGAAGGUGCGAUGGUCCAUGUGAUGGCCUAUAGAUGUCAUGGCCUGAAGGUGCUGGACAUGCCAUUGCACAUUGCGGAUAUCAGAGGUCCGGAGGUGUUACCCUGGGGGUGCGCGGGAUUAGAGGAACUUCACAUGAGGUUCAUGAGUCUCGAUACUCCGGAAAAGAUCAAUCACACACUGCAGAUGUGGGUCGAGAGACGCAAGUUGAUCCCAAGCGCUGUAGGAGAUACAGAUUCGAGUCAAGGACGUGUUCAAAUCAACGGUUGGGGUACUCAGAUACGCGCGUUUUCGAAGGAGAGCGAGCCAAUUGAGGAACGCGUCGUGAGACAUCUUUUGAGGUUUAGGAACCUACGGAAGGUUUGGCUAGGAACUACCACUUGGACAGCCUAAGUCUGAAUUAGUCCAAACCAUAUACCAAAUAGCCUUCUUUACUGUACAGAAAAAAAUAAAACAAUGUCCAUUUUGGCAUAGGACAAAAGUAUAAAGAGCUGAGGAUGGUGAGUGCUCUUGGAUGCGCGAUUUACG